AUGUCUUACGAGUCGGAGGAGUUCUCGGAGGCGCCGUCUGACCAGUUAUUUUCGGGCACACCUUCUGUGAAAGACACCCUGGCAAGCAAUGCAACGAAUGGCAGUGCUCUGCAGCAGCAAUACGAAGACAUGGCCCAUCUUUACGCGGAAUCGCAGCUCAUGAUUAAGACUCUAGAGAAGCAGCUUGAGCAUUGCGAAGCUGACUUACAAGCUAAUCAGCAAUUGGUCGCCACUCUAGAGAAUGAACUGCACGACGCCGAAAGACAUUUGCGAAAAUCGCGGGUGCAAUCCAGCGACCUUGCAAAGGAGCGCGACGCUCUGAAUGCUCAGAUGCAAGCAUUGCAGACGCAAUUGCGGGAUGCACAGGAUGAUUCCACCCGCCUCCGCCGCUCUAUGCAGGAAGAGAAGCAAGCCUCGGAGCGGAAGCUGGAGGAGGAGCGCAAAGCGCGCGAACGUGCCCGUGCAUUACUUGAUCAGCGUAUGGAAGACAUGCAGAAACGCAAAUCCAAGUUCGUCUGCAUGUAA